AGAUCAUGGACUUUGGAAUACAUAAACAAAGACACAUAGAAAAUCGUAGAAACUUGGCUAGGAGUUUUAUGGGCAAAUGAACUGCUCGCUAGGAUCUUAACGCGAUAAGCAGAGUGAAAAAGAAAGCAAGAUGAUUAGUAGUAAUAAGAGAUACUGAUUCUUCUACCUGGGUAAUCCUUUUUCCCUCCUUCCUCCAGCAUAUUCCUGUGGUUCCUAGGGAAGCAAAUCACUGAAAUUUCACUCUUUUUUUUUUUUUUUUUUUGAAAGCCCUUUUAGAAAAUAACUUGGCCCAAUUGUCAUUACCCCACAUUCAGCUCCACACCUCUAUAAAGAGCAGGCAUUGCCAACUCUAGCUCAUACCACAUCAUCUGCUUAUUUUUACUGCUUCUCACUCCCAAGUGCUAUUCUUCAUUCUCCAAAAUAUCUCAAAAAAUCAGGUUCAUAGCAUUCAGAAUAAUCCCAAACAACCCUGUCCUAGCUUCUUUAACCUAAACAAAUGGCAACAGGCUCAAUGUCCUCGCGUGGAAUGGGAUCAUCUUGGACCGCAAAGCAAAACAAUGCCUUCGAAAGGGCCUUGGCUGUCUAUGACAAGGAAACUCCUGACCGCUGGCACAAUAUAGCCAGAGCAGUUGGUGGGAAAACUGCUGAAGAGGUUAAGAGGCAUUAUGAAGAUCUCCUGGAGGACAUCAAAAACAUUGAGUCCGGCCAAGUGCCCUUUCCUAACUACAAAAAUAUGGGAAAUUAACCAAUGGAGACUCGAGUCUGAGUAGCAAAGGAUUAAGAAUCUAGUGGCGCGCUCUUUUGUUGAUCUCUAUCUCAUUGAAUAAAACAAUUAAUUAGUCGAUUAAUUAUUAAUGACUUGAUCUAGUAGCUAGCCCCAAGUAAAUUACAGCUACUAUUAGUACUGGUUUUUCUAAUUUAUGUGUUAUAUUUUCUAUUUUCUAUGUAGCAUUGUAUCAAACAGUUAGUCUGCAAUCUUCUUUAUUCCUAUUGUAUAAGAGAUUAUCAGAUUGAAUGUGAAUUUCCCUACUAUUUGGUGCA